UUUUCCUGUUUGUAAAGGUCAUGCCCGCUGAACUAGCCCUCAACGAUUCAAGCUCCCGUUCAAUUCCCCGCUCCUGCUCGUUCGCGAUCUCAAUAUCUAUCCAUGGCCUUCUCUUUUCUCGUUUGCCGCCGUUUUCGCCACAUCUUCUUCCUCCUCAAACCUCCACCAGUCUCUCUCGCAGUAACCCGCCAUCUCGCCAAUACAGCAGUUGCCACACCUCUCCCAUCCGCGCGGCCGGAUCCAAAAAUCUCGCUAUCUGCCCGCCUCUCCUUCGUCUUUGAUCAGAUUGAUGCCCUCGAGCGCCAGCGAGACACUACCGCUAAGGACGAGGCUCUUCAGCGCAUUCGCGCCUGGCGUCAGUCGAAGCACCCAUCUCCACCUCCAUCUUCCAACACAUCCACUACAGAUGCAGAUUCUGCUGCCGAUGGAGGAAGUAAUAGUGCCGAUGUCCGGAUGAAAGAGGAUGCUAACAGUGCAGAACUUGGGAUGGCGGAGUUAUUUCGGAGGGAAAUAGAGGUGGUACAUCCCUGGCCUGAGUGGAUUGAGCUGAUGGAGAGGCUUGCCAGCCAGAAUUAUUUCGAUUUCCGGCGAGUAGAGGAGGACCGCGUCGCUGCCAGCGCUGGGAUUGAUAUAUCGGGAGUGAAGGAGGAGGUGGGGUUAGACCUUACUAGGGAUUGGGCAGCCGUGAGAACAGCUUGUAUGAAUUUUGGCCGCGACCGGUUUGACAUUCUUAAGUCCUUAGCAAGGAAGGACAUUCAAGUUCUGGUAGGUGAUGGAUGCCCCAGCAUGCAACCAAAAGUUGUCUUCUCAGCAAAGCUGUUGAGAAAGUACCUUCAUAUUGAUGAAGGAGAUGUAUGCAGCUCAUGCAGUCUCAGAAAUUCAUGCAGCAGAGGAUAUAUACUUGUGCCUAAAGAGGAUGAAGCCCGAACACUUGAUGUCAUGCGUAUUCUGUUGACAUAUGGUUUUGAUCAUGUCAAAGAAUCCGUUGAAAAUGAUAGUUUGAGAAAAAAGAAGUCUGUGAAAAUAGUAGUCCGUACGCUUCUGCAUGAGGUAGUUAAACUGAGCGCAGUUCCAAGAGAUCCAAAUCUCUUACCUCCAGUGGUCAAGAAACAGCCUCCUAAAGUAAAGCAACCACCACCUCAACCCAAGCGGCGGGUAGGGCGAGAUGAUGUUGAAAUGAAGAAGGGAGAUUGGCUCUGUCCAAAGUGUGACUUCAUGAAUUUUGCCAAGAACACUGUUUGCUUGCAAUGUGAUGCUAAACGCCCCAAGCGACAACUCCUUCCAGGGGAAUGGGAAUGCCCCAAGUGUAACUUCCUGAAUUAUAGGCGGAACAUGUCAUGCUUCCAAUGUGAACAUAAUCGCCCCCCAGAUGACUUCACAGAGAAUCAAAUGUUGGGAAAGCAAAGGGGUCCAAACACCAGAUUACAAAGGGCUGUCAGGACUUCAGAUUUUUCAAAUGAGUGGAAUCUUGAUUUUGAGGACAAUGAAUCAGAUGGUGCUGAUGUUGCAGCUUUUGAGUUUGCUGAUUCUACUAGAGCUUGCGAUCGUUCUUCUUUCAAUGAACUACCUCGUGGAGGAAACGCCAGGGAGUUUGAAGAUGUUGUUGGACACCAAGAUAGAGGCCGAUAUUUUUCUAAUCCUAGUAAAGGAGGUUCUUCAUCACAUUCACGUGUGACAGGAUUUGAUGAUUUUGAUGAUGAAGAGGAUAAUGUGGACAGUUAUGAACUUGAUGAGGCAGAUGGUAAGGAGACACAUGUAAUUUUGCGAAAGAGCUUAUCUGAGUUUGAGAGUGGCUCUGAAUCAGAAGAUUUUGAUGAUCUAGACCGGUAUUCCAACUCAAAUCAACAUAGGAAAGAUUAUUUAUCUAAAUUUGAGGAUGAAAAUAUUGCAAUUUCUGCACGGAACAUUGAUGACAGCCCAAAUUCUUUCAAGUCAGGUAAUGAAAGGGAGCUUUUGGAUUCUGAUCAUGCUAUGCAAGGAAAAUAUGACUUAAAGCAUAGAAGGAAGGUUCAACAGAAAGCAGACCGCAAGGGUUUUGCUAGAGGAAGAGAUUCAGACUAUAAUGACAGGCUUCCUGUUUCUGAUUUUGAUGAUGUUGAGGAUGAUGAUGAUGAUCUAUAUUCCAAUAGGAGCAAGUUGAAAGGAAGAAAAGGUGCAGUAGAAAGGAUGGGACAUAUAUGCCAGGAUUCAUAUCGUUUUGACCCUAAAAAUGAUCGAAGAAAUUAUUAUGAUAAUGAUGAUGAUGAAGAUGAUGAGUUAUAUUAUAGUGGGAGUAGGAAUAGAGGAAGCAGAGGUGCAUCAAAAAGUUCAGGGCACAGAUUCCAGGAUUCUAAUCGUGUUUACUCAAGAAAUAUAGGAAAAAAGUUCGAUGAUAGAGGGGUUUCUGAUCUCAGAAGAGGUAGAAUUAAUCAAUCUAGUUAUGGAGCAAGAGGUUUUCAGAAAAGUGAGAAGGGCCCUAGAGGAAAUGGCUAUGGUAGGCGUAAUGAUGAUCAUGGAUACCAGCAUUCUGCUCGAACGGCUGAUCAUUCAAAAAUUAAUCAUCCUCGAUAUGGAAAGAAAAGCCGUAAUCAUGGUCAAAUUAGGGGUGUCAAUGAUGAUUAUGAUUUCAAUGAUAAUAAUCAAAGAAGGCGCAUCAUUGAAAGAUAGAUUUUUAGUGCCAUUUUAAGAAAAUAAUAUGCCUUGCUAAAAAUGUUUCGAGUCCUUUCUAGGCGAGCCUAAGCUGAGAUACCUUGCUUUUGCUAUCACUUUAUCCUAAGGAAUUGUCGCCAUGGAAUCCUAGUUGUCCUGGUUUGUUACUGGAAAUUUUAAUUAUCAGCGGCCAUUUCUCAUGCCAAUAACCUUAAGAGUAAAGUGCACAUUAACUUGUAACAUUUUUUUUUUGGCCUAUUUAAGUAUUCAACCCAUCUGUAAUUUUUUUGGAAAUUAA